CAACCAGCUGAUGACAUUUCAUUCAGUUUGCAUCGCGGAAUCGCAAAAACACCAACGAUGGCUCGUUACGUCGGUCUGGACAAGCUGGGCAAGCUGAUGAAGUACGUGUCCGACAACGGUGGCAUCCGGGCCAGUUUGUACAAGCUUUACAGGAUGGACGAGAUGAAAGCCGGCCGGAUGGUGGGCCAGGACAAGUACGGCAACAAGUACUUUGAGGAUCCGUCCCAGUUUUACGGUCGCAACCGGUGGGUUGAGUACGCGCCCCACUUCAACCUGGAGUACGACGGCUCGCAGAUUCCGGCCGACUGGUUCGGAUGGAUGCACUACAAGACGGACCUGCCGCCGAACCGGGACGGUAGCCGUGCGCAGUACCCCUGGAUGAUGGACCACAGCGAGAACCUGUCCGGAACCAAGAAUCAAUAUAUGCCGUACUCGACAACCCGCCCGAAAGUUGAAGCCUGGGAUCCGAAAAAGGCGUCCAAAUCGGAAUAAGCACAUGAUUUGUUGUGUGGUUUUUUUUUAGCGAAUAAAGGCUGCUUAGCAAAAAAGAGCUCCAUUGUGAAUGUAA